AUGUUGCUGUGGUGAAGGCGGGAGGACGAGAAGCAGAAGUUUUGAUGACUGUUGCAUCUUGCGAGCAGGGAAGUAAAAAUAUUUGUGUUGACGUGUAAGGCUAAACCACUCCACACCCACCUGAGUUAGCGUAUUGUAUCCCAGCUAUAUCUUAAUAUCGACUUCAUGUGUGUUUAAGCGAACUGUCGGGGUUAAAUAGAGUUCGCGUUACCGUAGUAACUUGGUAAGUAAGCUACCGUUAGCAGCUAGCUAACGUCAAUCUGAUAUUGAUAUCUGGGUCAGUGCGUUAACGUGAGGUCAGCGGGCCUCCUUCAGGGGAAUGGCAGCAAAGAAACCAACAGAAAAUGAAGCCAGCCUUCCCUUUGCUGCACUUCAGCUGCUGGCCCCGCCGGUGCGCCUGGUGUCUGCCGCCCUGUGGAAGGUGAUGAAGCACAGGGAUGUGAUGCAGUAUGGCACCGUGGAGGAGUUUGUGACAUCGGCUUGUGAGAAUGUCCCCGGGCUGCUCACUUUGAGACAUCAGGCCAAGCUCACGCUGGGGCUGAGAGCACGGUUAAUCUUGGAGCUCUUUGCCAGUCAGGAUCAGCCAGAUCCGUCGGUGAUCAAAUCGCACAUGAAGAGGAUCCGUGUCCCGACACCUUCCACAGCAAUGAAGAAAAAAGAUAUCAAAAUUGAGAAAACAGUCAGCAAUUUCCAGGCACUGGUUCGGACACUUCUGAGUAACCCUGCUGAAAAAGAGCACUUCUUAAAGGAGGAGUUUCCUGUGGAUUACGGUCCUCUGUAUGACCAGGAAUUGGAGAAGCUGUUGUGGGAGUUUCUGAUUCGACUGGACCAAUUGCUCCCAGUCCCUAACCUUUCUCAGACGGUGUCAUGGCUCAGCACUGCCCCCCCAGUCUUGGAAGAGUGUGCACGGUCAGCCACCCAGCCUCAGCUCCUCAAGAUCCUGCUGCAGCACCAAACCUGUCUGGGCCAUCUGGAGUCAGCAGCUUCCCUCCCCCCAAACAUGGGGGACUCCAUCCUGUCUUCACUCUCUCUCCCACCCUCUGGAAGAGUACCUUCAGCCCAGCCAACAGGAUCCAGAAACACCAGUGCGGCCCAGUCCGACAGCUCUGGUCCGCUACCAAAGACCAGUUGCACACAAACAGGAGGCGAGACACAUUCAUUAACACCUGUUAUUGGACUGAUAUCCAGUGAAGAUGUGCCAGUCAUGAUCUCUGCCAAUAAGAAGAAACUGAGAGGUGAGCAGCUAGCCAGCUCAAAAGAUGCAACGAAUGAGGAUUUGGAACCAAAAGGAAACAUGACAUUCACUGUUAUUAAAAGGAGGCAAGAAUCCAGAGGUGAAGAACAAGUGGAGGAGGACGGGGGUAUGCCAGAGAGAAGCAGUGGAAUUAAACGCAAGCACCCUAACCAAAGACAAAGUGACUCUGAUGAAGAGGAAGAGGAAGUGAGAGCCACCAGGACUGGGAAGAAGAGGAUCACUAGGAGUCUGAGAAACAGCAUCAGCAAGCUGAAGCAGAACAGACGAGACCUGAGAUCAAAGGGGAACAGAGAGAAGUGCACUAACACGGGAGCAGACAAGUCUGACAGAGCAGCAGUAACAUCCUCUGUGACCCAGUUGGACUUCAAAUUGCUCAAGCUGCCUGAAGAUCCGUCCCUCUUCUCCGUUUUGAGUUGCUGUCUGCACAACCAGCCCUCAGUUAUUGUCAGUCGCCUCAAAUUGACUUCGUCCAACACCAAUGAGAGCAGCAGAGGAGCAAAACCCUCACCUGUGCUGCCCCAGGAUGAAGGCAAGAGGUCACCUGUGGUGGCUCGUACUCAGAGCAGCACGAGCCACUGUCUCCAAAGGCCUGAGUUUGAUUCUCCUGGCUUGGAUGAUAAAGAAAAUCAUCCUGCAUUACCAGGUAAAAGCAGUUCUUCCUCUGCCCGAAGGAGGAAUACAGAAGCAGUUCUCUCUCCUGGAGACAGUGAAGACUUCAUAGGGGAUUCUGAAGAUGAGGCGACCAAGAACUUCAAAAGCAGGCUGUUUCAGAAGCGCUACUGCAAGACCAAACAUGGCACCUACGUGCCCACUCUGAGGGAGUUCUGCAAACCAAGGAGGGACAGGCGGGACUUGUUGUCUCCUGGCAAUGGACAUAGGUGAUGAGGCAUCAUCUCUGCCUGGACUGGUGCAGAUACUGCAAUAUAAGCAUCUCUUAAAUUUAUAAUGUUACAGAAAUUGUCAGUGAGUACAGUAUACAAGUGUCUGUCACAAAGACCGCCCAUAAGAACCCAGCAGCUGUGCACUACAAGCUAAAUUACAUUGUUUGUGUGCAGUAAUAUAUCAGUGGACAGUUCACAUUAUGUUAAUUAGCUUUUCCUCAUAUAUGUCUCAGCUCCGGAAGCUUACUUCUUUUAUUAAAAACAUGAAUUUUGUGCCUUGGCUAGAGAUAUAGUUGUUGUGGUUUCAGAAACCUCACAAUAAAAUAGCUCUUUGGUCCUCUGGUUUAAAAUCAAUUCAGAACCAGACACUGAAAGUAAUUUGACAUUUCACUCAACAUCAACACCAGACAUGUUCGACGGUUUGGGCUGUUUUUUCUGUGAGUUGGUUUUCUCUACCAGCUGCUCCCACUGGUCAUCAGACAAGAUUUGGGAUGCAGCAGCCACUGCAGCUGAUGAACAUGUUGCUACUUCCCUGCCUUGGAUUUAUGUUUUUAGUCGACCUUGUGGGUUUCAGCCGCAUCAGAGAUUUUUUUAAGUGCAAUGUGUGUCAUGGUGGUAUGCCAUUGCCAUGUUAUGUUUUUUUUUUCUGUCUAGAGCACACUUAAGCACAUGUAAUCCAGACUAUAAAGUGCACAGAACAGAAACCCCAGAUCGCAUUAUAUGUAGGUGCUAUUAUGCAUGAUAAGAGACAUGGCUAGAUAAGUCUUUGUUUUAUUUAACAAUAUUUUACUGUAAAGUGUGUCAGUAUGUUAUGUCUACAUAGUAUUAACUGUAUUUGUUAGAAAUUAGUGGCAUUGCAAUAUAUGUUAAGCCUGGUAACUGCUAUAUACUGAUUUAAUAAAGAAUUGU